AUGAAGGACUACGUAUUUGGGCUUGAGGUAUUUGAGAAAAUUGAAAGUCAUGCGCGCUUCUAUGCCAGCCAAGUUGUUCUGGCCUUUGAGUAUUUGCAUCAUCUCGAGUUGGUGUAUCGCGAUCUCAAACCCGAAAACAUCCUCAUCGAUGAGCAUGGAUACCUCAAGAUAACGGAUUUCGGUUUUGCCAAACGGGUGAAGGGUCGGACCUGGACUCUUUGUGGCACUCCUGAAUACCUAGCUCCUGAAAUCAUUCUAAGCAAGGGCUACAACAAGGCAGUUGAUUGGUGGGCCUUGGGAGUGUUAGUCUACGAAAUGGCUGCCGGUUAUCCUCCCUUCUACGCCGAUCAACCCAUCCAGAUUUACGAGAAGAUUGUCUCUGGAAAGGUUCGAUUUCCGUCACACUUCAGCUCCGAUCUGAAGGAUCUCCUUCGCAAUUUGCUUCAAGUGGACUUGACGAAACGCUAUGGCAACCUGAAGAACGGUGUCAAUGACAUCAAAAAUCACAAAUGGUUCGCUUCCACUGAUUGGUUUGUCAUCUACAAGUGUGAGGCUGAGGCGCCAUUUGUGCCCAAGUGCAAAGGUCCCGGUGAUGCGGACAACUUUGACGAAUACGAGGAGGAGCCAUUGCGUAUAUCGGCAACGGAGAAGUGCGCCAAGGACUUCGCUGACUUUUAA